UUGUCGGCUGGGAAAUGGCGGCCGCGGGCUUGGUCGCUGUGACCACGGCUGCAGAGUACUCUGGCCCAGUAGCGUCGGGAGGUAACCUCUCCGGUGUUAACUGCGGCCCAAGCUCCGGGGCAGGCGCUGGUCCUGGCCCGGGCUCAUGGAGUCGCUCCCUCGAUCGAGCGCUGGAGGAGGCGGCGGUAACCGGGGUGCUGAGCCUGAGCGGCCGGAAACUGAGGGAGUUUCCCCGGGGAGCGGCCAACCACGACCUGACGGACACCACUCGGGCGGAUCUGUCACGAAAUCGCCUUUCAGAAAUUCCCAUUGAAGCAUGUCACUUCGUUUCUCUUGAGAAUCUCAAUUUAUACCAAAAUUGUAUUCGGUAUAUACCAGAGGCGAUUCUAAACCUACAAGCUCUGACGUACUUGAAUAUUAGUCGGAACCAGCUGUCAACAUUGCCAGUACACUUGUGUAAUUUACCAUUGAAAGUCUUAAUUGCCAGUAAUAACAAAUUAGUUUCACUCCCAGAAGAAAUUGGACAUCUCAGACAUUUAACGGAACUUGAUGUGAGCUGCAAUGAAAUUCAAACAGUACCUUCCCAAAUUGGUAAUUUGGAAGCUUUGAGAGACCUUAAUGUAAGGAGAAAUCACUUAGUACGUUUGCCUGAAGAGCUGGCAGAGUUGCCUUUGAUACGGUUAGACUUCUCCUGCAAUAAAAUCACAACGAUCCCCGUUUGUUAUCGGAACCUCAGGCACCUACAGAUCAUCACCCUUGAUAACAAUCCACUACAGUCUCCUCCCGCACAGAUAUGUAUAAAAGGCAAAAUCCACAUAUUUAAAUACCUGAACAUACAAGCUUGUAAGAUUGCUCCAGAUCUGCCAGAUUAUGAUAGGAGACCCUUGGGUUUUGGCUCCUGCCAUGAAGAACUGUACUCAGGUCGCCCUUAUGGAGCCCUUGAUUCAGGUUUCAAUAGUGUGGACAGUGGUGAUAAGAGAUGGUCAGGGAAUGAACCUACAGAUGAGUUUUCAGAUCUGCCUCUUCGAGUAGCAGAAAUUACUAAAGAACAAAGACUACGAAGAGAAAGCCAGUACCAAGAGAAUCGUGGCAGUUUAGUAGUAACAAAUGGUGGAGUGGAACAUGAUCUGGAUCAGAUUGACUACAUUGACAGCUGUACUGCAGAGGAAGAAGAGGACGAGGUGAGACAGCCCAAGGGCCUGGACUCAGACAGCCUCAGUUCACAGUUUAUGGCAUAUAUUGAACAACGACGAAUCUCUCAUGAGGGUUCACCAAUAAAGCCAGUACCCAUGAGGGAGUUUCAAAAAACAGAAGACAUGAGAAGAUAUUUACAUCAAAACAGGGUUCCAGUUGAGCCAUCUUCUCUCCCGGCACUAUCACCAAGUCAUAGUCAGUUGUCACAUACAGACUUGGAACUUCAUCGGAGAAGAGAACAGUUAGUAGAGCGCACCCGGAGAGAGGCACAGCUUGCUGCUCUACAGUAUGAGGAGGAGAAAAUAAGGACCAAGCAGAUUCAGAGAGAUGCUGUCCUGGACUUUGUCAAGCAAAAAGUAUCACAAAGUCCACAAAAGCAACCACCCCUCUUAGACGGUGAGUGUCCCUUCCCAUCCAGAAGGUCUCAGCACACUGAUGAUAGUGCCUUGUUAGUGUCGCUGUCUGGGUUGAGUCACGUGGGCUGUGCUGCUCCCCUGCCCCAUUCUUCUGCCUUCACGCCUCUCAAGAAUGAUGAGAGAUCUAAGGCCGCAUCAAGUUCACCCACAACAGAAACAGUUCAUCAUUCCCCUGCAUAUUCUUUUCCUGCUGCUAUCCAGAGAAACCAGCCCCAGCGCCCUGAAAGCUUCCUCUUUCGAGCAGGUGUCAGGGCAGAACCAAAUAAAGGUCAUGCUUCAUCCCUUCUUUUAUCUUCUGCACCUACCACUGAUUCUGCAGAUCCCAUGAUAAGACAGAAUUCAAGACAGAGAGAAGAAGAGCUGGAAUUAAUAGAUCAACUACGGAAACAUAUUGAGUACCGGUUGAAAGUAUCUCUGCCUUGUGAUCUGGGAGCAGCUCUAACUGAUGGUGUCGUUCUUUGCCAUUUGGCCAAUCAUGUGCGGCCUCGAUCUGUCCCAAGCAUUCACGUUCCCUCACCAGCUGUGCCCAAACUAACAAUGGCAAAAUGCAGGCGAAAUGUGGAGAAUUUCCUAGAAGCUUGCAGAAAAAUUGGUGUACCUCAGGAUCAAUUAUGUUUGCCUCUCCACAUUUUAGAAGAGAAAGGUUUGAGCCAGGUUGCAGUGACGGUCCAGGCUCUCCUGGAACUGGCCCCGCCCAAGCAGCAGCAGCACCAGUUAUCUGCUGUGUAAGGACUCCCAGCACCUCGGGCGUUGGCCUGGCCCAAACGGAACAGGACAGCGUGACUGCUGCUGCCAGCCACCUGCUUAAACAGAGCUCUUAAGUGUUCUUAAAAGGGACUGUUUCCAUGAUUCCUAACAGGAAUAUUUUGCUUCAUUUCUCCAUUUUAGGGGAGGUUAUAUCUGUUUUCUUUGAAUUGUUUAUGAAGACACGGUGGGUUUUCACAAAUGAAACAAUUCUGUCAUUACUGAGAUCCCAGCACUAAAGCCUAAACUGGCUGUGCCUUCCGAGAGAGUAGGCUUGUUUCACAUACCAGAAAGAAUAUCUUCUCAGAAGGAUAUUUAGCUCUCUUGAAGGCACAGACAUGCUAUUAUCUUUACCCGUUUCCAAGACCUCGAGAGUCCACUGGUUUCUAAACCUGGUUGUUCAUUAGAAUCUCCUGGAGCAUUUGUUAAAAUACAGAUUCUUGUUCACUAGAUCCAGAGUGAGGCCUGGGUAUCUGCAUUUUCACCAAAUAUUCCAGGUGUUUCAUAUAAUGGAGACCACUGUUCCAAGCUAGAUAUUUGUAUGAUUUGGGGGAGUAAUGACUCCACUGCAUUUUUCAGCCACAUUUAUAAUCAAAAACUGUAUUAUGACUACUUGGACUGUUCUGUCCAAGGCAAAACAAAAAUAAGGUAGAAGGCCUACAUUUUGCAUAGUGAAACAAUGAAAUAGAUACAUCUGUAUUUAAGGCCAGUGUCUUAGGCUUACCCCCAACUCCAGUUCACCUCCACUUAGAGGAUGGUUCUGUGUGUCCUCCUGCUGUUAUCUCAGCAUUACAAACAGGCACUCCACACACCGGUUCCAGAUCCUUAGGCUGGUGGCAGACGCUACUCAGCAUCGUUUGAUUAGUCACUUCAUUGAGCCUCCUCCACCCCAACGCUGCUCCCAGGACACCUGGACCUGUGAACACUCUCCAGUCACAGCAGAUACACUUCCAGCUCCCCAGCUAAUGGAAGAUUAUGAACACAAAGCAAAAGGAAGAAGGGAAAAGCCAAGAUUCUUAUAUUUCUUUCAGGUAACUGCUAAUUCCUGUGGCUGGAUUAAAGCCCUGUGGCAUCUUAAAAACAGCUUGCUGUCUUCAUGUAGCCCAUCUGGCUCCACCACUGGUGCCUUAUUUACUCAAUUGUGGGUGCAGUACGAGGGCCCGAGGCCUCACCCAACACAAAGCCAGGAGCCUUUAUUCAAGUUUAAGCCAUUUGGGUCUUUCUUCCCCUAUAUUUUGAACCCCUUUGAGUUGUCAGUGAGAUCUGUUGGUAUUCACUGCCUUUGUAAACCAAGUAGAGUAAGUGAAGAUACUAGUUAUCUAGGUUUUUUUCUGUUGUUAACUGUUCUGAAUUUUCUUUACCAAUGCAUGCAUUUGAACAUGUUCUCUCUUUUUAUCAUGUAAAUGCAUCUAAUAGUAACUUUGGAUAAAAUUAUGUUGAGUAUCUGGUCAAAAUAAUGUUUUUCUCCUAUUCUCACAGGGUAACAAGUUCAUCAGAACAUUACCACUUUGUCCAAGUUUAAAAUUAUAUAACAUAAAACAUCUGAGCUCAAAGCCUAAUCCUUCAAGGUCCUCACAGAACAAAAGUAAAAUGUCUUCUAAGUACUUAGAGCCAGCCCCCAUUAUAUUUACAGUUCCAAACAGACCCCCCCAUGUUUAGAAUUUAGCUGUGUGUAUUUUUAAACUAUAGGUAUGUUUCCUUCUAGUCGACAUUAAACCUCAGUACAAUCUCCAAAUUAUAGAGAGCCAUUUGAAAUGCAAGUCAGCAAAGGACAGACUGUUUGUCACAUGUUAUGCAAGGAAUAAUCCCAGAAGACAUACAUAAUGCAACACAUGGGACAUUUGCAACUAAUUUUCUCAUAGGAAUAAAUGGGAAAUUUCAACCUAUUUCAGAUUUUAUACAUAGCAUGAAACCUUUUUAAUGUGUUUUUAUCACACUAAUUCAGAUUUAUAUUUGAUUUGUUAGAAAAAAUUUGUGUACAGUUUUGGUUGAUAAUGAAAGACAAUUAUCAAAUAUAUUGAAUUUCUUUUCUGUGCCAAGAUGCAAAAACAAAUCAUGAUGUUUUUGUUGGAAAAUUUUUGUUCAGAGUUUUGUAUGUACCUUUUUUUCUUAACUGGAAAGAAGAUUUAACAUUUAGCCUUGCUAGACUCCAGUGUGAGAUGAAGAUGACUGUGGAGCAGUUUCACCUGACCGUUUAUGAGCUUCCUGCUGAAGCCCCGAUGUUCCAGUGCUGAAGUGUGAACAGAGAAAAGGCCAAGUGCCUGCCCACUGGGACCCCUCCAGACUACGGAGAUUUUAAGUCAGCAGGUUACCAAGCUUCCAAACUCAUACACACUUAGCAGUCCAAACCAGUCUUCUCUGGAAACAACUCAUGGGAGGAGGGGCCUUUAGAUUUGGCCAGAACAGGGUAGAGGGCUUAUUAUAGGUCACUUCCUUUAAUAGCUUUUUAAAAUACAGCUUGACACCUAAACAAGGAGUCAGAUUUCUCUUACUUGCUCCAGGUAGCAGUGACUAAUGAUGUGUGACUAUGCUCAUGAGUGUGAUGAAUUUUUAAAAACUAAAUGCUUAAAUGGUUAUAGAAAUGAAGGAAAAUAUGGAUAUUUAGAAACCUUUUUAUAUACAUAUUGCAGUGAGAUGGUUUACAGCAGAUUUCAUUUUGUUUCUGAAAAUGUUGUAAACAUGUAAUUAGUAAAAGAUUUUGUAAAACAUUGUCCUAUAUUUGUAUGUCUGUAAAUAUAAUGCAUAAGUUCUAAGUAUAAAUAUGUCAAUAUCAUGUAUGUUAUUUUAAAUCGCCUGUAUGCCACCUUACACAUUGACACUGAUAAAAGCCAGCACAUCAAUAGCAUGAAAUAAAGGCUGAUUUGAAAAUGUU